AUGGCGAUGGGCAGAGGGGAUGUGGGUCCCGCGAGCACCCCGCCUCCAGUCUCGGAACCGCUCGCGGAAUGGCCAUACUCACACUCUCUGUGCAUCAAAUCACUCGAUGCCCAUUGGCCACAAGCGAUACAGAAAUGUACAGGCGCAAGUGGAUGGCUACGCCGAGGUACGGGGUGGGGCGGGCGGGGGGGGGAAGUGGAGGGCAUGCCAGGCUGGCAGGGAAGAGAGUGA